AACGGAAACGGGAAGUUUAUAACUGACUAGCUACACAUUUAGGUCCAGUUUAUUAGUGGUGUUAGCCAAAAGUGUUGUACAAAACGAGGAAACUAUGGUUUGCGACAAUUGUGAGAAGAAGCUGGGCAGGGUGAUAACUCCAGACACCUGGAAGGACGGAGCAAGGAACACUACAGAGAGUGGUGGGCGGAAGCUGAAUGAGAACAAGGCUCUGACAUCUAAGAAGGCUAGGUUUGAUCCUUAUGGGAAGCCAGGAAAAUCAGGCAAGUCGUGCUUUGGCAUCUGCCGAAUCUGCAAGAGCUCUGUUCACCAAUCAGGAUCUCACUACUGCCAGGGCUGUGCCUACAAGAAAGGGAUCUGUGCCAUGUGUGGGAAGAAGGUUCUGGACACCAAGAACUACAAGCAGACCUCCGUCUGAUAGGCUUCUGACAGGCCACCAAUAUAACCAGAGAAAGAAGGGGAGUGAGAAAGAAAAGGAGGGGAAGGAAGGUGGGCAUGAGAAAUUACCGCUUUAUUGUGUAGCAGGCUUGCUUUGACCCCGUCUAAAACUCUCAUAGCAGAGAUACAGUCAAAGGGUUCUUACUCUUUCCAGCUCUAUCUCGUGUGUGUGUGUGUGUGUGUGUGUGUGUGUGUGUGUGUGUGUGUGUGUGUGUGUGUGUGUGUGUGUGUGUGUGUGUGUGUGUGUGUGUGUGUUAGAGAUGGAGCCGUGUUUCCCUCCCUAUUGUACAGCUCCUAUAACCCUCAGCUUUUAGCAGCAAUAAGUGGCCAGUACUGUUCCACACACCAAAUCCGAGACUACUUUUAGUUUUAAUAGCUGGACUGAUGGUUUCUCUCCGGUUGUGUCAAACCUGCUCUGAUACAGGAGUUUCCUUUUAUCAAUUCAUUGAGAAUUAUAUCACGUGUCAUGUUUUUGAGUGCAUUAAAAUAUUAAAUAUGUAAUGGCAAUGAAA